CCCAUCUACCGUGGAACAGGUCCGCCCGGUGCGGACACACCCGCUUCCCGCUCUGCUAAUAAAAGAAAACAAGAGAACUCAACUCAUCUGAGCAACGCGUGCGAACACGGGCAGAGAAAAUGGAUAAAAUAAUCGGGGCGGUUGCAGGCCAUGUGGGGGACAUGGUGGAGGACGGCCUCAAGUCUGCUUUUGGUGUGAAAGAUCAGGACAAGGGCAAGGACAAAGGAGGCUUAAGCUCCUUUUUCGGUGGUUCUGAUGACAAAGACAAGGACAAAGGAGGCUUAAGCUCCUUUUUCGGUGGAUCUGACGACAAAGACAAGAAGAAAGAAGACGAAAAGGACAACAUCUUCUCCAAAAUCUUUGAUAGAGGCGGCGACGACGACAAGCCCAAGCGGUCGGGUUUCGACGGCUUGUUUAGCGAAAUCGACGUCCAGGGAGGCGGCGGAUCCGCGGAGGGUGGCGGAUCCGCAGGGGGUGCCGGAUUUGCGGCAGGUGGCGGCGCUUUGAGUGACGGAGAUUUGCUCGGCGACCUGAUGAGCGUGGCAGAAGAAUCAUCCGGUGGAAAGUAGAACGCCGACCAAUUUGCAGUCAUCCGUUUAUUUAUGCAUCCUUGUUUCUACAGUAACCUCAGCAGCAACAACUGGACUGUCUCGUAUCAUUCUUAAAAACAAUAAAUACAUGUAAAUAAAGUGCAUGUUUGUACAUCUUCAUGAAGUCAAUACCUUGUGAAUAAACAUCUUGAUAUG